CUAGUUCUUCUCUCUAUCGUCUUUAUUAUUAGCCGGAUCGUUAUCAACCACUACUACCUUACCUUUGGUACGACCAAUGACGUCCUUAGUGGCAAGCUGACUAUCUACGAUCCGGGGACGGUCCGCGUAGGUAGUAUCCUCGUACUAGUCGCCCGUAUUAUCCUCGCCGUUAUCCUCUGGCUACAGAUGUCUAUCCUUCUUCUGUUCUACCAGCGCAUCCUCUCGGGUAUUACCGCUAUCGCUUAUCUCAUCCGCGCGACCUGGAUCGUAAUCGCCGCCACUUUUAUCGGUACUGUCCUCGCUACAUUAGUCGAGUGCCGCCCUAUCGACCUCUACUGGCAGAUUGACCCCCACCCGGGUCAGUGUGUACGGGCGUAUGGCCAACUUCUCCUCCAAGGGGUUAGCAAUAGUAUUAUCGAUAUAAUACUACUCGUUAUCUCCUUUCCUAUUCUUACCCUACAGAAGCGCACGCUCUAUCAACACCUACGCCUAUACUGCGUAUUUGCGCUAGGCACCUUCUGUAUCGUUAUUACGAUUAUACGCGUCGUUCUUAUCUUCAAUACCAGCUCAUCCCAGGCGACCCGCUCUAUCUGGGCAUCUAUACAGAUUGUCGUAUCGACCUUUGUCGCUAACGCGCCGAAUAUCUACGGUGCCCUACGUAUCGCGCGGCGGCAAAAGUCU